AAUACAUCGCGUGCUUCACGGCAUGAAAUAAUCCUUUUGACCGGCGACACUGAAUAAAAGCCGCGACAAUGGAUAUACACCGAUGCCGCUUCGUUCCUUACCCUCCCUCUGCCAUCAAUGCGGUCGCUUUUUCCUACUCGACAGUAACGAAAUCCCAAAGAGGAGCUCCCGUUCGAUUAGCGAUUGGUCGUGCGAAUGGAGACAUUGAGAUUUGGAACCCUUUGAAUGGGUUAUGGCACCAAGAAACAACUCUACACGGAGGAAAAGAUAGGAGUAUCGACGGUCUUGUCUGGGUUAACGAACCUGAUCAAAUUUUACAAGAUGGCACCAAACUUAUCGGAAAGUCGCGAUUAUUCAGUAUUGGCUACACGAGCACCGUUACUGAAUGGGACCUCGAGAAACGACGACCGAAGAAACAAGCAAGUGGUAUGCAUGGUGAUAUAUGGUGUCUUGCCGCCCAACCGUUAGUCACGCCACAGAAGCAAGGUGACAAGUCUACCAAUGGUGUCGUUCAAAGUGGGAAAAAAUUGGUCGCAGGAACUAUGGAUGGCAGCCUCGUUCUUUACUCAAUUGACGACGAUGACCUACGAUUCGACCGAAUUUUAGUGCGCUCUUCCUCAAAGAAAACCAAGAUGGUUAGCAUCGCUUUCCAGAACCGAAAUAUUGUUGUCGUUGGAUGUUCCGAUAGUGCGAUCCGAGUCUAUGAUAUGCGAAAUGGAAAUGUCUUGCGAAAGAUGACACUUGGUUCGGAUCUCUCUGGUGGAGCUAAAGAGAUUAUUGUUUGGUCGGUCAAAUGCCUCAAUGGGCGCGAUAUCGUCUCUGGUGAUUCAACUGGUCAAAUUUGCAUAUGGGACGGAAAGACGUACACACAAGCGCAAAGACUACAAACUCACAACCAAGAUGUUCUUUCUCUUGCAACUAGUGCCGAUGGUUCGACAAUUGUUAGUGGUGGUAUGGAUCGAAGAACCGUUCUAUACAGAAAGAUGUCGGGCGCGACAGCAAGAUGGAGUAAAGUUUGGCAUAGGAGAUAUCAUAGCCACGAUGUCAAGACUAUGGCAUCAUUUGAAGGGAAUGGGAUUAGUGUGGUUAUUUCUGGAGGACCGGAUGCUAGUCCGAUGGUUUUGCCGUUACAAAAAGCUGGAAUGGAAAAUCACCGAUCUCUAUCACAUCUACCUCAGAACCCACCAUUGCAAAGCGCACCAAAGAGUAGACUAAUUGUCAGUUGGUGGGAAAGGGAGGUUCAUAUCUGGCGAUUAAGAAAACCGCUACGAGAUUUAGUAGACAUAUCAGACGAAGAAUCUGCUAUUAACAAGAACCGAAAACUAGUGGCACGAAUCUUGAUCAAAGGCGAAGCUAAUAUCACGUCAGCAACAAUUAGUCAAGACGGUUCACUGCUAGUAGUAUCAACAACGUCUGAUAUCAAGGCUUUCCAUUUAAAACCCCGGAGCGAAUCCAAGAAAGACGAACUCAAGGUCUCCAAAGUCGAAUUGCAAGAGGAAUUUUCGAAUAAAGGUGCAACGGAUGUCCAAAUUUCACCAGAUGGACAAUGGUUAUGUGCUAUUCAAGGUGGUAGUAAGGUUUUCGUUCUGCCUGUACUGCAAGACUCUACGUCGAACAACAAACCAACAAUUCAUCCCAAAGCAAUUCGAUUACAACGUAUUGAAAGGAAGAUACAGAAGCAUGUGACUUUGGGAGGUUUAGGUCAAUACGACAGAUCAAUUACUCACAUCACAUUCUCUCCAGACAGCAAAAUGUUAGCAGUGGCAGAUCUUGCUGGUUAUAUCGACACAUGGGUUUUGGGCACAGCACAAUCGAAGCUCCAGAAUGGUCUUAACGGAACUCAUCAUGACGAUUCUUCCGACAGUGAAGGCGAGGAACAAACUGAAAACAUCGAAGGAGGUCUACGUUGGACUCGCAACCCUAAAGGCUCUCUUAUUCCUAAGCUGCAAGCUGCUCCUACUGUUUUAUCCUUUUCCCCUCACGUACCAACAUCAAAUUCCUCUACAACCGACGACGACGAAUCCACAGACGAUUAUACCCUUCUUACUGUCACUGCUAGACCACAAAUUCUCCUUAUUAACCCUACCCUUGGCUCUCUAACCGCUUGGUCUAGACGAAAUCCUAUCAACCGAUUUCCUGUCGAGUUUCGAGAUAUUCGAGACCUUGUCAAAGGAGCCAUUUGGUCAGGCGAGAGAGUCUGGCUCUAUGGAAAUACUUUCCUCUUCAUGCUGGACUUAUCUCAAGAUUUGGCAGAGUCGACCCCAUCCUACGAUUCUACUAAUGGAGAACUUGUGAAGCAUGGAACAAAGCGAAAGAGAGGUCCUGACAGUGGCGCUGGUAGUAAAAUGGAAAUAGGAGUGGCAGGUCCUACGAGGAUUAAUUAUUUGGUUGGGGAUGGAAUGUAUGAGGAGUUUCCUCUCGAUGAGCCCGUUUCCGACCCUAUGGAUGAAGAUGAGGUUAGCCAGCCAGCGUACGAGAGCGAAAGUGAAGACUCAGAUGAGGAUAAUCAAGGUGAUCUAGCACUUCUUCGGGGUGCUCAGGGGAAGUCGGCACCAGAAUCGCAAUCAGGAGAAAACUUGGCGUUCUGGCAUACAUACAAAUACCGACCAAUUCUAGGCAUUGUGCCACUCGAUGAUGGGGAAGGAGUAUUGGCAAAUGGAUCGAAGGAUAUGGUAAGGAAAGGUAAAUCCGAAGCACUUGAGGUAGCUCUAGUUGAGAGGCCGUUAUGGGAUGUUGAUAUGCCAGAUCGAUACUUUGGAGAUGGGGAGUGGGAGAAAUAGAAAUGAAAGGUGACGUACAUACCUUCAUCAUUAUUGUAAUGAUAACCCUUGCUUUCCCAGCACAAAUAAAUCGAAGUAUCGAACGCGUAUUCACGCGUUUGUUGACUUGUUCACUACCUCGGUACAUAUACCUUGUCCUGAUAUCGCUUAUCGGGCACCUCUUAUCGGUGUUCUACAAUUAUUCGACCUAUCUAAGUGACAGCAACUACCUCGACUUCUCCUAAAGGCGGUAUCUACCUUGAAUUGUUCCAAACGCGCGUGCACUCGCCUU